GAAUGGGACUAAGACAAUAUAUUAAAAGGAUUUUUACUAACAACAAAAUUGUAAAUAAUUUUAUUCUUCCAGCUGGUGCCACUUUUAAACAUGGAAAUUUUUCUCCGAUAUAAAUAUAAACCUUUAUUCAAAAUACGAUAGCAAACAAUUUUGUAAAUGACUUUAAAUAUUGGACAGAAAACUUUUGUUAAGAACUAUAUCACAAUGCUUGGGCGAAAGCAAAGUCUGAAAGGAGAACCUGUACUUGCCGACUAUGGCCCAGAAGAGUCAUUAAAUGAGAGCGCCGAUAUUGAGUGGGUGAAUAAGCUAUGGGUUAGAAGAAUUUUACGUUUCUGUGCUUUACUUAGUUUGAUGUCGGUUUCAUUUAAUACACCAAAGUCCUUUGAAAAAUAUCCCUAUCUUCAGACUGUAACUUUUGCUGUGGAUUGCUGUGUAACUCUUUUGUUUACUGCUGAAAUGAUUGCCAAAAUGCAUAUAAGAGGAAUUUUGAAGGGAGAUGUAGCAUACUUGAAAGACCACUGGUGCCAAUUUGAUGCUUCCAUGGUGUUCUUUUUGUGGGUGUCCGUUUUACUCCAAAUGUUUGAGCUGACUGGAAUAGUGCCAAGAUAUAGUUAUUUGAGUAUACUCCGAGCACCUAGGCCUCUUAUAAUGAUCCGCUUUCUCAGAGUAUUUCUUAAAUUUUCAAUGCCAAAGUCUAGGAUUAACCAAAUAUUUAAGAGGUCCAGCCAACAGAUCUACAAUGUAACAUUAUUUUUCUUGUUUUUUAUGUCUCUGUAUAGCUUGUUGGGAGUUCAAUUUUUUGGUGAGCUCACCCAUCACUGUGUAAGGAACACAACAGAUCCUAAUGAAAUCACUAUAAACUCUUUGGCCAUCCCUGAUACAUUUUGCUCACCUGAAGCAAAUUCAGGCUAUCAGUGUCCACCAGGAAUGAAAUGCAUUAAACUUAAUUUAUCUAAAUACAUUAUGGGUUUCAAUGGUUUUGAAGAAUUUGCAACCAGUCUGUUUACUGUUUAUCAAGCUUCUUCUCAAGAAGGUUGGGUUUUUAUUAUGUAUAGAGCCAUUGAUUCCUUACCUACCUGGAGAUCAGCUCUUUAUUUCAGCACAAUGAUUUUCUUCUUGGCUUGGCUUGUGAAGAAUGUGUUCAUAGCUGUCAUCACUGAGACAUUCAAUGAGAUAAGAGUUCAAUUUCAACAAAUGUGGGGUGUCAGAAAUCCUAUUACUAAAGGUAGCACCACACAGUUUUUCACUGGAGAUGACAAUGGAUGGAAAUUGGUUACUAUUGAUGAAAAUAAACAUUCUGGUAGUGCACCAGAAAUUUUUCAUAAAAUGUUAAGAUCCGCAUAUUUUCGGCUCAUUGUAAUGGGCGUGGUUCUAGCAAAUGGAAUUAUAACCGCUACUAUGAAUUUCAAGCAUGAUGACAAUCCGAGAGAAUUCUUUUAUGAGAAAUACUAUUAUAUCGAGAUUGCGUUCACAAUAUUUUUGGAUUUAGAAGCUCUUAUUAAAAUAUGGUGCUUGGGAUGGAAAGGUUACUUUAAACACUCAGUCCACAAAUUUGAAUUACUUUUAGCCAUCGGUACUUCUAUUCAUAUAAUACCACAGCUGUAUAUGUCAGGAUUUACAUACUUUCAAGUUCUUCGUAUUGUACGUCUAAUAAAAGCAUCGCCGUUGUUGGAAGGAUUUGUUUACAAGAUUUUUGGUCCAGGAAAGAAAUUGGGAAGUCUUAUAAUAUUUACCAUGUGUUUGCUGAUCAUAAGCUCAUCUAUUUCAAUGCAGCUCUUCUGCUUCCUUUGCGAAUUUACUAAAUUUGAGACAUUUCCUGAGGCUUUUAUGUCUAUGUUCCAAAUAUUAACCCAAGAAGCGUGGGUCGAAGUCAUGGACGAGACGAUGGUUCGAACGAGUCAGACCUUAACUCCUCUUGUUGCGAUAUACUUUAUAUUGUACCACCUGUUUGUAACACUGAUUGUGCUAUCACUUUUCGUAGCAGUAAUUUUGGACAAUCUAGAACUCGAUGAGGACAUCAAGAAGUUAAAACAGCUGCGCUAUAGACAACAGAGUGCUGAAAUAAAGGAGAGCUUGCCGUUCCGUUUGAGGAUAUUUGAGAAGUUCCCCGAUAGUCCGCAGAUGACCAAAUUACACAAAGUGCCAGGAGACUUUAAUUUACCAAAAGUUCGGGAGUCGUUUAUGCGUCAGUUUGUAUGUGACCUUGACGUCGAGGAGGAGGUCGCGGGGGGGCCGGGGUCCGCGGGGGGUGGAGGCCGGACCACUGGCGACAUCUCACGCCGAGCCAUAGAGUACAUCGGAGUAGACAAGAUAGCCUUCCCAUAUAGAAAGCGUUGUCUGGUGAAGACGCUGACAGUGGCGCCACCAUCACAGAGACCCAGCGCAGCGUUGCGAAAACAUGUCGUUGCUUCUAUUAUUAACGACUCUAAUAAUCACCGUCGUCUGGUUCUCGGUGAUUCCGCCAUGUUAGCAACGGGAGGUAAAUCCGGAUUGAAGUCUCAAGGCACUGUGUCCAGCGCUAAACAACUUCGAGUUGAUCAAAAAAAAUUCGGUUCAAGAUCUAUCCGCAGAUCUGUCCGCAGCGGUUCGAUCAAGCUGAAGCAGACGUACGAACACCUCCUGGAGAAUGGUGACAUCGGGGCAGCCUCCCGCGUGGUACCCUCGUCCCGCGCUCGCCCGCCGUACCUCGAUAUACGACUGCUGCAGGCCAAGAGGCAGCAGGCUGAGAUGAGACGAAAUCAACGUGAAGAAGAUCUCCGUGAGAAUCACCCUCUAUUCGACACGCCGUUGCUGAUAGUUCCAAGGGAGUCACGUUUUCGAAAAAUUUGUCGCGCCAUCGUCGACGCCAGAUACGACGCGAGACUGAGGGAUCCCGUCACAGGGAAUGAGAGAAAAGUUCAUUAUAAGAGUUUCCAUAACUUCCUCGGUCUGGUGACCUACCUCGACUGGGUGAUGAUCAUGGUCACCACAUUAUCCUGUUUAUCAAUGAUGUUUGAGACUCCUACGUAUAGAGUUAUGGAAAAUUUCGUACUUCAGAUAGCUGAAUAUGGGUUCGUCGUGUUUAUGAGUCUCGAGCUGGCUCUUAAGAUUCUAGCGGACGGCCUCUUCUUCACGCCCAAGGCAUAUCUAAAGGACGCUGCCGCCGGGCUCGAUGUCUUUAUUUAUGUUGUAUCGUUGACCUUCCUCUGCUGGAUGCCGGUACGCGUGCCGCCUGGCAGCCCUGCCCAGAUGCUCAUGAUACUCCGCUGCGUUCGUCCGCUGCGCAUCUUCACGCUCGUGCCUCAUAUGCGUAAAGUCGUCUACGAACUCUGCCGCGGCUUCAAAGAGAUCCUAUUGGUAUCGACGUUACUCAUUCUGCUGAUGUUUGUGUUCGCGAGCUAUGGAGUACAAUUGUAUGGUGGAAGGCUAGCUCGCUGUAACGACCCAACAAUAACUCGUCGGGAGGACUGCGUCGGUGUGUUCAUGAGACGUGUCUUCGUCACUAAAAUGAAGCUCAGACCCGGACCUAACGAGACGUUCCCAUCGAUGUUGGUGCCUAGAGUGUGGGCAAAUCCAAAGCGUUUCAACUUCGAUAAUAUAGGCGACGCUCUACUUACUCUCUUCGAGGUCCUGUCGUUUAAAGGUUGGCUUGACGUCCGUGACGUAUUGAUCAAAGCCCUGGGACCUGUGCACGCCAUUUACAUACACGUCUACAUAUUCUUAGGCUGCAUGAUCGGUCUAACAUUAUUUGUUGGUGUGGUUAUUGCGAACUAUUCAGAGAACAAAGGAACGGCUCUACUGACUGUCGACCAGAGGAGAUGGUGUGAUCUGAAAAAGAGAUUGAAAAUUGCUCAGCCAUUGCAUUUGCCACCUCGUCCCGAUGGCAGAAAGAUUCGUGCCUUCGCUUAUGACGUCACACAAAAUUUAUCCUUCAAAAGAGUCAUUGCCAUCGUAGUGCUUAUAAACAGCGGGUUACUAGCUGUUACUUGGUCCCGUCAUUCGAGUAACACAGAACGUCUCGCCCUGACGUCAGCUCUCCUGACGCUGGUGUUCGUAGUGGAAGUGCUCCUGAAGACGAUAGCCUUCACACCACGCGGCUACUGGCAGUCGCGUCGGAACAGAUACGACCUGCUCGUUACAGUGGCGGGAUGUAUAUGGAUAUUCAUGCAUUUUACUCUUAAGAACGACCUGUCAUACUUCGUGGGUUUCAUGGUGGUGAUCCUGCGCUUCUUCACAAUAACCGGCAAGCACACGACUCUCAAGAUGUUGAUGUUGACGGUCGGGGUGAGCGUCUGCAAGAGCUUCUUCAUUAUAUUCGGCAUGUUCCUACUGGUGUUCUUCUACGCACUCGCCGGCACCAUCGUGUUUGGGAACGUUAAAUAUGGUGAAGGAAUCGGAAGACGGGCGAACUUCAAUUCCCCUAUCCACAGUGUGGCCAUGUUGUUCCGUAUAGUGACCGGCGAGGAUUGGAACAAGAUCAUGCACGACUGUAUGGUGGCGCCGCCAUACUGCACGCCCGCCGAUAACUACUGGGAGACGGAUUGCGGAAACUUCACCGCCUCGCUGGCUUACUUCUGCACGUUCUACGUCAUUAUUACUUAUAUCGUGCUCAAUUUGCUUGUCGCUAUCAUAAUGGAAAACUUCUCGUUGUUUUAUUCGAACGAGGAAGACGCUCUUCUAUCCUACGCUGAUAUCAGAAACUUCCAGAACACCUGGAAUAUUGUAGACGUUCACCAGAAAGGUGUGAUCCCCGUGAGGAAGGUUAAAUUCAUACUACGUCUCUUGAAAGGCCGCUUGGAAUGCGAUACUCACAAGGAAAGAUUGCUGUUCAAAUACAUGUGUUACGAACUGGAACGACUCCAUAACGGAGAAGACGUCACCUUCCAUGACGUCAUUAAUAUGCUUUCCUAUCGAACGGUUGAUAUUCGUAAGUCUUUGCAAAUGGAGGAACUGCUUGCAAGAGAGGAGUUUGAGUUUCUUAUAGAGGAGGAAGUCGCCAAACAGACGAUUAGAACAUGGCUCGAAGGAUGUCUUAAAAAAAUACGAGCCAACAGCAGCAAGCAGCAGACAAGUCUUAUAGCUGGGCUGAGGAAGACCAACGAGCAGCCAGUUGACUUUGCCACAGAGAAAGAAAAAGAGAAACAGGAAGCGGAAGCUCAACAAACUGUUGCCAAUUCCGGACGUACGGAGAUCACUGAAUCGGCAUCCCAGCCUAUAAUGUCAAACGUCACGUCUUCUCUGGAUUCUCAACCGAAACGUGCCUCCGGUAAAGGGCAGUUCAAAAGAUCUGGACUACCUUCAGUAACUGUACCGAGGCCUGAAAGUCCAGUGAAGAAAUAUUUACAACCAACGCUGAGCGAUCCACAUCCAGCCCUCACUAAGAAACCAGCCCCUCCCACCGUCAAGAGCAACACUCGCGGCGCUCACACCGCUCACACACACACGCACACACAGCAGCACACACACGCACACACGAACGCGGCCCUACACGACGUGCACGCGUGGUGGGGGGCGCAGCUCGCCGCACUCGCACACUAGGCACACACACAUAAAUUGGGUUCAAGAAUGUAUACAAGCUCGUGGAUUAUACACUUCUAUAAAGUGUCUUUCUUACAUAUUACUAUUCUAUACAAUAGCAAGCUUAGAAGGAAGAACUUCUAAACGGCUCAUUGCACAGAACUGACAGACAUCACCACGGGAAGAUAAAUUUUAAUUUUCCUCCAAGUUUAAACUUCUUUGUUCCUUUUCAUUUCUGUCUCUUAUUAUAUACAUAUAUAUAACAACUAAAAACAUACUCUACUACAUUUUGUAUGUUAUAAUUCUCUAGUUUAUAUCUUAUUUAAAAAAAUAUGUUGAAUGAAAUUUAUUUAUGUAACUGUGACAUUCUUGUGUACUGAAAGUAGUGUAGAGAAAUAUAACAAUUAAUAAAAAAUUUGAAAAACCUAGUUAAAAAAAUAUAUUAAUAAAAAAAUAUAUACUUUCUAUAUCAAAAGAACAUUCGUCGUAGGGGGUGUGGUCCCGCCCUAAACUAUAUUGUUAGCUAACUUCUUAUAGUAAUAUCAACUAUUCCAAUUUAAACUUAAAUGUUGUAGAAAAUUAAUAAUUUAUUUCAUUAUUUAAUAUCCUCAGAUGAAAAAAUAACUUCAAAAGUGAAUCACAACAAUAUAAUUAUAUUAAUCAUUGCAAAUAAUGGCACAUUCCUAAAGUAAAUAAUAGUAUGAUAGUUAUCGUGAACACUAAGCAUAUGUAUCUGCCGGCUAUGGGAUAGUAGAACAGCUUGGCUCUUAGCUGUAGCGAGGCGGAGUAGGCGAGCACCGUACUGAUGUCCUCCUGGGAUGUGUCCUGGUGGAGAAACGGUCUCACACACAACUCAUGGCCCACGGAUUGAGUCCGAUGGCAUUCGUCUGACAGCCUCGCCGCCUGGAAUCGUUUUAUAACAUAUAUAUUGGACAUUGGCAAAACAUCCCACAAUUCCAACGUGAAAGGAGCCAUAGCAUAAAUAUAUAUAUUAACGUCAAAUUGUUAGCCGUUGUUUGUUUAUCUUAUACCAUAUUUAACCAUAUUUAUUAAUUAAUUGGAAGAAUAGUAGUUAAGAAUAAAACUAGAUUUUGUUUUGUUUGUCUCUGCCUAAUUAUUAUGUUUUUAAUGCACUUCAAGUACGAAAAUAAAGUUCAUGUUCAAUAUUGU